AUGUCAUCGUCAAGGCAAAGAAUUGUUACCUCUAAGGCGCCGCUUUUGCCACAGCAAACGACCCCAGAGCAGAGAUAUUGGCGUCAAUACUCUUCAGCACAGCUAGUCAAGGAACAUAACAGUGUUACACACAUUUCAUUCAAUCCACAACAUCCGCAUGAUUUUGCAGUGACCUCUUCUACCAGGGUGCAACUUUUCUCGUCUAGUACUAGGCAAGUUAUCAAGACUUUCUCCAGAUUUAAAGAUGUCGUGUACUCAGCAUCAUUCCGUAGUGAUGGUAAGCUGUUAUGUGCAGGUGAUGCAACUGGUCUGGUUUCGGUUUACGAUAGUUACAAUCCAAGAACACUUCUUCUAUCGAUAAAUGCAUCCUCUCAUCCAACACAUGUCACCAAAUUUCACACACAGGACAGUAAGACGUUGGUUACUGCAAGUGAUGAUAGAAUCACAAGAGUCUGGGAUAUCUCACAUGCUUAUGAACCACAAUUGAAACUUAGUGGAGCUUCGGAUUAUGUUCGUACAGCUUGUUUUGUUCCAUCAGCUCCCCAUUUGGUCAUGACAGGUUCUUAUGAUGGAUUUUUAAGACUUUAUGACACAAGAGCUAGUGGGGCGACUCCAGUUUACUCUUUAAAUCACGACCAACCGGUCGAGAAUGUUACUUCGAUCUCACCAACUCAAGUGGUCUCCUGUGGUGGGUCCAAUUUUAAAGUUUGGGAUCUGACAAGUAAUAAGAAGUUACAUGAACGUGGUAAUUUUAACAAAACCGUUACAUGUUUGGAUUAUGUGGAGAAUUUUGACUGUCCAAGCGAAUCAGCGCUAAUUGCAUCAUCUUUAGAUGGCCAUGUAAAGGUAUUUGAUCCACUAGAUAACUACAAGGUCAAGUUCGGUUGGAAGUUUUCCGGGGCAGUUCUAAGUUGUGCUUUGUCACCAGGUGGAGCACAAGGUAAUAGGCAUCUGAUAGCGGGGCUCUCAUCCGGUUUGUUGGCUAUCAGAACAAAGACAAAGGAGAAGAAGACAGCAAAAGCCGAGCCUUCGAUGCCCAUCUCCAAAAAGAGCAACAAUUUCGAGAGGAUGAUGCGUGGUUCAGAAUACCAAGGUGAUCAAGAACAUAUAAUUCAUAAUGAUAAAAUGAAACAGCAGCGCCGAGUACGUGCUUUCGAAAGAAAUAUAAAUCAAUUCAAAUGGAGUGAGGCACUAGACAGCGCUUUUGUUCCGGGCAUGGCUAAAGAAUUGACUUUGACUGCAUUGCAAGAACUUGGCAAGCGUGGUAAGAUCCGCGUUGCGCUAUAUGGUAAGGACGAAUCGUCAUUGGAGCCGCUAUUGAAUUGGUGCCUGAAGGGCCUAGAAGAUGUGAGGGCGGCUCCAGUGAUAGCAGACUGGAUCGUCGUUGUUAUAGAACUGUAUGGUGACCUGCUGGAAAAUUCUCCCGUUCUACAGGAGAUGGUCCUGGAUCUGAGAAACAAAGUAAGGCAAGAAGUCUAUAAGGCUAAAGAGGCCCAGAAGAUUGAAGGUAUGCUUCAACUUUUGACUAGUUAA